CAAUGAUGAGAUGAAAUUUUGAAAUUUUAGCUAGCUCAGGUAAAGUUGAAUAUGGAUCCAGAUGAUACAUUUACAAUGGAGACAAGUUGUGUGGGACCGGAGAUCGCUCCAAGGAAACAAGACCGACCGAGCCCCUACCUUGUGCCUGUGUUAUUUGAAAGAGAGUCUCCCAAACACAACAGUGAAGAUGAGGAAUGCUUCGGAUGUAUUAUAGGCAGUGAAAACAAGCCAGAAUUAGAAGCAGCUCUAAGGAGAUUGGGACUGACUGUGUUCUACUCUCCUGAUGGCCGACAAGUCCCUGAGUUUGUGCCAGAUGAAUGUGACAUGGUGUUUAUUUGUGAGGAGUUUAAUGGACCCGUCUUCAACUAUUUGCACUCAAGGAAAUUCAGGAUUGUUGGCCCUCCCUGUGUGCUCUCCUGUGCUGAGAAAGAAGAGACUCUACCUAACAGUAUGCGACCCCAAUACACUGACUCCAUGCGAGAUGCGACUGUGUGCUUCACUGGGUUCAAGGAUCGCGAGGCUCUGCAGUACUACUGUGGACUGGCCCACCACAUGGGAGCCAGCGUACGGAGAGAUGUAUCCUCAGUUGUCACUCACAUUGUAGCACACACUGUCGGUGGAUCUAAGUACAAGGUUGGUGUGGCUCUUGGCACUGCUAUUAUGAGUGACUCCUGGGUGACUGCAUGCUGGGAGAGAAGACAUGAGGUGGGAAUCAAGGCCUCUCAGUUGGACCUGGCUCAGUACAAGCAGCUGCCUUUCACCGGCUGUAUCAUCGCCUUCCACGGUUUUCCCGGGGGAGAGGAGGAUCACAUGACAGAGAUAGCAUCAUCUAAUGGUGCUGUCGUAAGCCAGCUGGGUUUGUCCUGUAGUGACAAACCCACCACCCAUCUGGUGGUGUGUGAUGAAGUGGACGUCACUUCCAUCCCCCACACCUCCUCCAGAGUACACGUGGUCAAGCAGCAGUGGUUCUGGGAGAGCAUUCAGAUCGACGCUUGUGCUGAUGAGAGGCUCUAUCAUGCAAAGGAGCCCCAUCGUCGACCACGUACCAGACAGUCUCUCAACUCUUCCCUCCACACAAGCAUCAACAGUCUGGACAUUAGCUGUCUCCUCGAGGCCUCCCUCUUCUCCCUCUCUUCACCCAAGAGUGGCAAAAGGGACUAUAAGAGCUCCCCAACCUCAUCCCCAUUGGCCACACCUACCUCCAGUGGGACUGCUGCCCCCUUUCAUUCUAAAGCUGACUCUGCCCGCAGACACAUUGCAUCAGAGCUUCUCCAGACUGAGAAGAAUUUUGUCAACAUCCUUAGCAUCAUUGUCAAUAUUUUCAAAGAGCCCCUCGAGAGGCCACAGCAGAGAGGGGGGCCCAUUCUCAGUCAUGAGCACAUCAAGAGCAUUUUUGGCAACAUCCCAGAAAUACUGGCCGUCCAUCGGGAGCUUGUGAGUGGGCUUGAGGAGCAGCUGUCUGAUUGGUCGGAGACUUCCUGUAUCGGCCAGGUUCUUUUGAAACAGUCUGAGGGCUUCCUGCGAGUCUACCCACCCUUUGUGAACUUCUUUGACAUGAGCAAGGAGGCUCUCCACAAGUGUGACAGACUGUACCCUCGCUUCCAUGCUUUCCUUAAGUCCAAUGAGUCCAGAACGGAGUGCUCUCGUCAGACACUCGCUGAGCUGCUCAUCACCCCGGUACAGAGAAUACCACGCAUCAUCCUCCUCGUUCAGGACCUGGUCAAACACACUGACACAGCUCACCCUGAUCACACUGCCCUACAGAGCACGGUGGCCAGUCUCAAGACUGUCAUGACACACAUCAAUGAAGACAGACGCAAGACAGAGGGUCAGAUGCACAUGUUUGAAGUGCUGAGGGACGUGGAAGGUUGCCCAGCGACUGUACUGAGUGCCCAGAGGUCAUUCAUUCGUCGUCUCGAUGUCUUGGACAUGGGUACCCCUGGCAAGGCUGGUAGCAAAGGAGAGCCCCUAUCCAUCUUCCUCUUCUCAGACAGUAUGGAGGUUGCCAAGAGACGUGUUGUCUCCAACUUCACCCUACGAAACUCCUCGCACAAGGCAUUCAAACAUGUUGAGUUUGUCCCUCUCAUUCAUGUCAGGUCCAUAGUUCACUUUGGAGACACUGGAGAUUUCAGCCAUUGUUUUGGUGUGCUGGUGCGUUGGCCAGAUGACCCCCAGGAAAAGCUGCUUGUGUUCCGACUACUGGGAGAGGGGGACACUAAGACAGAGGUAGUGCAGGAGCUGGCCAAGAUGAUGGCAAGCAUCAACUUCUCCACUGACUCUAGUCAUUUUGUGAUGUGUUCAACCCCGGACAUCCUCAACUCCAUGAUGAAGUGUCCCGUCUCCUCAUCCAGGAGUCUCAAGAAAGCUCUGCACGGAGCUAAGAAGAAGGUCAAGAGAGCAUUGUCAGGGAGGCAGAGCAAGAAGGUCCGCCUCUCUUCUGUUAGCUGUCAAAACCUGCAUCAGGUGAUAGGUGGUGAUGAGAACGAGCCAAUGGAGGUGCCAGUACUAGCUGAGUCCCCCAACACCUCUGUGUGCUCGAUCAUGCCCUUUACCCCUGUCUCCACUCCUAGAACACCUCGAGCAAAGAGGUUUGCUCUCAGUAGCAUGCCUUCCUUCAGCUCUGCCGACCUCAAACACAUUGGAACUGAAGUCUAACUUUACAUGACUGAUUGCAAUGAUUUGUGUCAUUGUUUUUUUAACCUUGUGGUGUGUUGUGUGAAUUAGUUAGUAAUUGUUAAGAAAUGAAUGAUCUUUCUUGUGUUAAUUUUUGG